UUUUUCAUUUCCGAGUGACCUAUUUAGCUUCUCACAUUAGCAUCCGUUGAUAAUCAGCGUCUGAAACAAUGGGGAUAGCCUCAGUUGACAUAGUAAUUUUGGUUUUUAAUAAGUUAAUUUAGACUGUUCACUACAGAUGAAGCGGUACUCAGUAAAAUACAUCUGUUAGCAUGAAGUGAAUGUAAAUAGAGUAGUCGCUGUUAGCUUGUUUAUUUGGAAAGGUGGUUGCGGUAAAAAGAAAAAAGAAAAAAAAAGAAUGAUGAUUGUGCUACUAGCUGCGGUGUAAAUGCUUGUGUGUUAAUUAGCUUGUUUAUGCUAGCUGAUAAUAAUUUCCUGAUAUCGCUACGCACAGAGUUUUCACUCUUUAGCACCCUUGGAUGUUCGACGUGUCGGGAAGCGAGCCCACAGCCCCAUGUCUGCGGAGGCUUCAGUCGGAGGUCAUGAUGCCGACUCCGUCCGGUCUGUUGUUCCCCAGCCUGCCUGCCACAGCACAGACGGGCACAGAACACCGGGUCUGAUGGGGAGCAAAUAUGUCAAGUUAAAUGUUGGCGGCUCCCUGCAUUAUACAACCAUCCAGACGCUAAGCAAAGAAGACAGUCUUCUGCGAAGCAUUUGCACUGGCGCAACAAAUGUUACCAUAGACCCUGAAGGUUGGGUGGUUUUGGAAAGGUCCGGUCGACAUUUUGGAUUGGUGUUGAACUUCCUGCGAGAUGGUUCGGUACCACUUCCAGAAGACCACAGAGAACUCGAUGAGAUCCUGAAGGAGGCCCAGUUCUACAGGGUACAAGGACUAAUCCAACACUGCCUCAAUGCCAUGCAGAAACAACAAGAUGUUUUCGAAAGCGUGUGCCGCAUCCCAAUGAUCACAUCAGCCAAAGAAGAGCAGAAGAUGAUCGCUACAUGUAGAAAGCCAGUAGUCAAGCUCCAAAACAACAGGGGAAAUAACAAAUACUCGUAUACUAGUAACUCCGAUGACAACCUGCUGAAGAACAUCGAGCUCUUUGACAAACUGGUGCUCCGAUUCAACAACCGUGUCCUGUUUGUGAAAGACGUGCUCGGUGACGAGAUCUGCUGCUGGUCCUUCUACGGCGAAGGCCGCAAGAUCGCAGAAGUGUGCUGCACCUCCAUUGUGUACGCAACGGAGAAGAAGCAGACCAAAGUUGAGUUUCCCGAAGCGCGGAUAUUUGAAGAAACGCUCAACAUCCUCAUCUAUGAGAACAACCGAUCCGGUCCAGGAGGGUUGCACCUUUUAGAUUCUAGAGGCUCGGGUUCAUCGCUCGGAGCCGGCCAAUCAGAGGAGGAGGGCGCAGCGGGAGGGGACAGACGGGUACGCAGGAUCCACGAAACGUUUAUCCGGGAUGCGAUGCGUCUGGUUUCUCUGUUGGAGGACGAUGGUACUGCUGCACGGAGCCUGACUGACAGAAGUCGGUGAGGUUGAGCCUCGACAUGUUAACACUGGAAUUGAAAACACAAGCCAUGUUUGUAGUUGUUGAGCAGCUCCGUUUUCUGUGUUUAAAUUAUUAUAAAUGCUGCUUCCAGCUUCUUCUUGUUUUUAUUAUUAUUAAUUUAUAAACUUAAUUUAUUGUUUGGUAUUUAAAUUUUGUAAAUGAAAUCAAUCUUUGUUACCUGAUGCUUGAGAGAGUUUUGACUCUGCUCUUAUUGAGCGCACUCUGAAGCGCUUGGCAGAUUUUGAGAUUGCUCCUCUAGAUUAAUGCAACCUGAACUUCUGGCUUUAGUUCAGUGUUUAAAAAAAAAGAAAAGAGCUGUGACUGUUAUCUCGGUAUGUUUUUCUGAGCCAUGUUCACUCGUGUUUGCUUCAUCUCACACCAAAUCACAGGAUUUUGCUUCAAUUAAUAGGUAAUGCAGUCUGUAAAAAGUUAAACUAGUCUUGACUGUCAUUUCAGGAGGGUUUAAGGUACUUUUUUUCCUAAUUUCUUUUCUUUUUUUUCUAAUUAUCACUGGUGGUAACCUAAGCACUUACAAAAAAAAUUAAGAAGGAAAAAACACAUUGAAUGCAAAUGGUAUGUAUGUAUGACCUUGGAAAAUGCACUAAUUUAACUUCCGUCCUGGAAAUGUUUGAAAUAAAUUGCUUAUCAAAUCCGU